ACACAUUAUCACACCUUAUCUAGAUCUAAGUAUAAUCUAAAAAACUUUGCUUUUAUACAAUAUCUUUUCUCUAUAAAUAGUGCACUUUGAGCACCUUAUUUUCACAUCAACCAAAAUAAGAAUACCGUAUAAUAUAACUCACUAUUCCUCGAUAUCUUUCAAUGGCAUUGAAAGUUGUAAUGAUGUUGUUCCUUGCAAUGAUUGUGGUGACAGAGCAUUAUGCUAUGGCCCAAGAAAAAAUUGACAUCGCUUGCUACCUAAAAUGUGUAGUGAAGUGCGAAGAAAAUCCGCUGUGCCUAGGUUGGUGCCUUUCCGGUUGCAUUUAUCAUGGAAACACAGAUGAAUCAGUUGAUACUGUGGCUGCAACUCGAAAACGUGUUUGUGAUUUUGGAUGUACCCUUGGUCAUUGCUCCAAGUUCCUCAUCCAAUACGAUAAAGAGAAGUUUGGAAGUUGCAUGACAAGCUGCAGUGAGAAAUAUUGCAUUGACAAUGCUCUAGAGAAAGCUUCUUAAGAACUAAUUAGUUCUAAUAAAUAAGUAAAAUUAUGGUCCUCAACGUAUGUGUCAAUGACACUAUGCUAUGUACUUAAGCUACUAGAUACUUUUGUUGUUCUAAUGUUCUAAGUUAUGGAUGUAAUUGUGCUAGGAGGGAGCCGAGUAACUGAUAAAGUUGUUGUCAUGUGAUAAUACACCUUUACGGUGGGGUCCUUCUCCAUACCCUAUGUAUAGCGAUAACUUUAGUGUACCUGGCGACUCUUUUUUAUGUGUGUAAUUGUGUUGUAUUGAAUAAAACUCUAUUGCUUCCUACUAAA